AUGGACAAUAUUAACGAAAGACAAGAAGACCCACUCGGUCCCAAUUAUGAUAGGACCCAAGUUGCCAGCCAAGCAGUAUGGAAUAUUUAUAAAUGCCUAAGACAUUCAUCGCAACUAAAUAAAAAACAAGCUGAAUCUUUAUCAGCGCUAAAAUUUUUCUUAGGCGAUGAACCACGAUCACAAAAUAACGAUAAUGAUACAGGCAGUUGA